UCCCCCACCGGCACCGAGAGUUCCAUAUGUUUGAAUUCAGUCAGGGAAGACAGCUUAAUUGAUAUCUUUGAUUGAGACAAGUACCCACCAUCUAACAAUGAUGAAAAUAAGACGAGAAUUAUCCUUUCACUUCUUUCUUACAAGAUAGUUAUAUUCGUGAAAGUUACUAAUAAUCGAUACAAAAGAGAAACGGUAGUUAAAAUUGUUCACACUAAAUAAAGUUUAUAAUUUUUUUGAAGCUUAUUUAAGUCCAUGGCAGGGAGAUUUGCUUUGCUUUUCCUCCUUGCUUCACAUUUAUUGCUCUCGGCCGUGAUGUCGUCGAGGAACUUUACGAUAGAGAACAAAUGCGAUUCCACUAUAUGGCCUGCAUCCUACUCUUACAAGGGAUCACUCGAAACAAAUGGUUUCCGUCUGGAGAAGGGACAGACGCGUACCAUCAAAGCGACGUCGUCAUGGGUAGGUCAAAUCUGGGGUAGAACGCUCUGCUCGGCCAACUCAUCAGGGAGCUUCUCCUGUGUCACCGGAGACUGUGGCACCGGGGAGAUCGAGUGCAACAAGACCGUCGUUGAAACGUACAAUUCAGCAACUUCGGCAACUUUGGCCGAGUUUAACCUCGCCGCGACUCCUGACGAUGGUGAAAACUAUUACGAUGUCAGCGUCAUCUAUGGUUACAACCUUCCUUUGCGUGUAACACCUGAGAACAAAAAGUGUGAACGCAUUAAAUGCGUCGUUGACAUGAACGAGACGUGUCCGUCUGAGCUGAGGAUGAACAAUGAAUCGAACAAUCCAUAUGCGUGUAGGACCUCAUGUCAGCAAAAUCUGUUGCCGGAGCUUUGUUGUGUCGGACUCUACGUCCUCGAUAAAGAUGUCAAAGCACCGGAAAACUGCAACCGGACUGUCUACUCGAAGACUUUCAACCACGCGUGCCCAGACGCCUAUAGCUACGCCUACGACAAUAAGUACUUCACAUGUCCAGGCUCCUCAAACUUUGUCAUCACGUUUUGCCCGUCUAGCACAACAAAACCAGGAAUAUCUCCAUGGAAGUUAAAACUCAUAGUUGGAUUUUCAUCAGGUUUGGCUAUGAUCAUCAUUAUUGCUAUUGUGGUAAAGGUGAGAGCAAGUAAUAUGAGAAAGAGUGAUCAGAAUAGGAAGAACAUGGAAGCAUUUGUAAUGUUAAAACGAUUUAGCUAUUCCCAAGUCAAGAAGAUGACAAAAUCAUUUGCGAAUAUUCUUGGGAAAGGUGGAUUUGGAACUGUAUAUAAAGGGAAGUUACCCGAUGGCAGCCGAGAAAUUGCAGUGAAGAUCUUGAAUGAAACAAAGGGGAAUGGGGAAGAGUUCAUCAAUGAAGUAGCUAGCAUGAGUAGGACAUCUCAUGUUAAUAUCGUUCCUCUGCUUGGAUUCUGCUAUGAAGGGAACAAGAAAGCUAUAAUAUAUGAGUUCAUGCCAAACGGAUCUCUCGACAAGUUCAUAUCCGAGAAGAUGUCGGAGAAGAUGGAAUGGGAAACGUUGUACAACAUUGCGGUAGGUGUGUCUCGUGGCCUAGAAUACUUGCACAACCGUUGUGUAUCGAGGAUUGUACAUUUUGAUAUAAAACCGCAAAACAUUCUCAUGGAUGGAGAGUUUCGCCCCAAGAUUUCGGAUUUCGGUCUUGCUAAGCUAGGAAAAAAUAAUGAAAGCAUCAUGUCAAUGCUGGACGCAAGAGGCACAGCAGGGUACAUUGCUCCAGAAGUGUUUUCCAAGAACUUUGGAGGAGUUUCUCAUAAAUCAGAUGUAUAUAGUUAUGGAAUGGUGGUUCUUGAGAUGAUUGGAGCACGAGAAAACAAUCAAAACGCUGGAUCCAACAACAGUUCAAUGUAUUUUCCAGAUUGGCUUUACAAAGAUCUUGAUGAGAAGGGAGAAAUCAUGAGUGUUUUCGCAGAUCAGAUAAUAGAAAAAGAAGAUAAGAAGAUAGUAAAGAAAAUGGUAUUGGUUGGUUUGUGGUGUAUUCAGACGAAUCCACUUGAUCGUCCACCAAUGGACAAAGUCGUUGAAAUGUUAGAGGGAAGUCUAGAGGCUCUUGAGAUUCCACCUAAGCCUCUUUUAUUUUCAUCCGCAUCAACAGUUGCAAAAACUACUCAUGAGAGUCAAGAGACUUCAAACUUCUCAGAACCAAGUCAAGAUACAACACUACAGUACUAUUUCGAAGAAGGUGUUCAAGAUAUUGCAGAAGAUAAUCAAGAUCUUCCUAAAACAAGGCCAGCAGUAAUCUUCUAAGAUCUUGGGAUCCUUCUAACCGUUUGUUGACGAAUUUCAAUAUUAAAUUUUGUUGAUAUCCACCUUCAUCUUCAUGUAGAAAUGAAUAAAAAUCCAAAAAUAUUCAAUGCAUAAGAGUCGAUGUUUUGGAUUUCAACAUCCAAAAACGUUAAUUAAUAUCAUAGACAAUUAUUAGGAA